UCGGGGGAAAAAAAACAACAGUUCACCUUCUUUUCCUUUUACCCAAAAUGCUCGAGUUACAGUGGCCAUGGAGCGCGUACGCUGUCAUGCAAUAACACAAUAAUACGGCGAGGGGGAAAAAACGGGGGGCAAGGAAACUUUUAACGGGAAUUUAAGGGUACGCCUUGCGAAACAUGGCUGUGAGAGAAGAAGGAGAUGUUGUGCACAGUAAAAGCAAGCACCACGACGGGAUUGGCAGUGUAAACAGCACAGAAAGCUUCAGGAACGGCUAUGCGAAGGGCUGCGUCACCCCUUUAAAACAAGAUCACCGGAGGGGCUUUUUAUUUAACUUGUGCAGAUUUUGCAAUCCGGAUCGGCUGGGCACCCGAUUGCGGGCUUCGGCUCUGUAUCUCGGCGCAUUUGCGGUCCUUGUCGCCUCGCUGCUUAAUUCCCGGAGCUUGCAGAGUGGACUUUGCUUUCUGGAUCUGCGGACUUUGCUGGGCUUUUCGCAAUCCGUCAGUCCCUUGUUCAGCAUCGGCUGCGCGUUUUUCUUCCUGACGUUUUACCUGCGGAGGAAGAAGCAGGAAAGUUGCAGAUGCUGGCUGGCGUCGCUGCCGGCGUCCUGCUUCUUCGGGGAUUUCUUGGUCGUGCAGUUCUUGCAAUGGGGGGACGAUCGGCAAAUGCAAAUGGUGGGCAGGUUGCUCUUCGUCCUGGGCUGCGUCGGCUUGCUGACCCUGAUCCCGGCUCUGAAGCUCAGACACAGUGUCCUCAUCCUGGUCUUCGCCAGCUCCGUGUGGCUGGUUUCCUUCACCAGUCUGGACUCCCUGCCCCCGUCCCUGAGACCCCUCUCAGCGUGUCUCGCAGGGGUUGCCGGCUCCCUCCUGGCUCUCUGCUUCGAGAACUGCUACCCAUGGAGGGACGCCUCUCACAGGAUCCCAAACCUGGAGGAGAAGGUGCCCGUGAUCAGACCCAGGCGACGCUCCAGUUGCGUUUCCCUCGGAGAAACGUCCACCAGUUACUAUGGCAGUUGUAAGAUGCCCCGGAGACCUUCGCUGCCCUGUAUUUCCAAAGAGCAGAUGAUUCUUUGGGACUGGGACUUGAAGCAGUGGUACAAGCCACAGUAUCAGGGGGCCUUGGCCGGGAAUGUGGUGGACCUGUCCAUGAUCAACGAGGCGCGUAACCUGGUAACGGAGCUGCUGGCGGACCCGGCUGUGCCGGCGCAGGUCGCCUCCUCGCUGCGCUCCGUCAGCAGCCUCAUGGGCACCUUCUCGGGCUCCUGCCGGCCUCGCGUCAACCCUUUCACACCCUUCCCUGGCUUCUACCCCUGCACCGGGGCCGAGGACCCCGUUGACAAGGGCGACAGGAAGCCGCACAAGGUCAUGAGCAGCAGGAACAGCCUGCCGACUCCACAGCCGCGGCGCAGCUCCACCACCUCCACCCUCCCGCCGCUGGAGUUGGCAGCGGCGGCGACACGCUGGGAGCGCAGUAACGGCAAGAGGCCCCACGCGGAGCUCUCGCUGACCAGCCAGGGUUCCCCACCCAAUGGACCGAAUGCCAGCCUGCUGACCAUCCCCAAACCGCGGUCCUCCUCGGUGUCCCUCACUUACCACGCAGCACCCAGGAGGGCAGGCACGUCCCCCAGCUUGAGCCCGCUCAGCUCCCCCAGUCACAGCCCUCCGUCUGCCAGCCUAGGCCCAGUGAAGCGCUCCCCCGUCGAGUUCCCAGACACAGCGGACUUCCUCACCAAACCCAGCGUCAGCCUGCACAAGCCACUGGGGUACACCCUCAGCUCACCUGACUUCCAUCCCCAGUUCCGGGUGUCCGGUGCGCUCAUCUGCGCCAGCUGCGGCCGGCAGGUGCUGAAGAGUGUGCACAGUGUGGACGUGGGCGACAUGCACCCGCAGUCUGUUGCAGAUCCUCAGCGGCGCCGUUCAGAGGGUGAAGGCACAGACUGCCCAGGCGAUGCCUUGUCCAGGGUGGAGGACCCCGAAACAGAGACACAGGGAGAGAGCGGACCCAGCUCAGCCAGCGGGGUCCAGGGGAGCAAGGAGCAGCAGCUCACGCAAGAGCGGCAGGACCUGGAUGUGGAGAGCGAAGAGGACUUUGUGCUCGACCCUCUGCUGCAGGAGCAAGAGGCCCUCAUGGAGGCCAUCAACAACUGGAACUUCCAGAUAUUCGACCUGGUGGAGCGGACGGGAGGGAAGACAGGCCGCAUCCUCAGCUAUGUGACCUACACGCUGUUCCAGGAUACUGGCCUCUUUGAGAUCUUCAAAAUUCCCACCCGGGAGUUCAUGAUGUACUUCUGUGCACUAGAGAACGGCUAUCGGGAUAUUCCCUAUCACAACCGCGUCCACGCCACAGACGUCUUGCACGCCGUAUGGUACCUGACCACCAGACCCAUCCCCGGCUUCCAGCAGGCCUCCAGCGAGAAUGUGACAGGAAGUGACACAGACUCGGACAGCGGGAUCUCUCCGGGAAGGGUGGCCUACACUUCCUCCAGAAGCUGCACCAUACCCGACGACAGCUACGGCUGCCUUUCAUGGAACGUUCCUGCGCUGGAGCUUAUGGCACUAUAUGUAGCAGCAGCAAUGCACGACUACGACCACCCCGGUCGCACGAACGCCUUCCUCGUAGCCACUAACGCACCUCAGGCGGUCUUGUACAAUGACCGCUCGGUCUUGGAGAAUCACCACGCUGCCUCCGCUUGGAGCCUCUACCUGUCCCAGCCCGAGUACAACUUCCUGGCCAACCUGGACCACGUAGAGUUCAAGCGUUUUCGCUUCCUGGUCAUCGAGGCCAUCCUCGCCACCGACCUGAAGAAGCAUUUCGAUUUCCUGGCCGAGUUCAAUUCAAAGGUUAACGAUGUGAACAGCCCAGGAAUUGACUGGUCAAAUGAAAAUGACCGGCUGUUAGUUUGCCAAGUGUGUAUCAAGUUGGCGGACAUCAACGGGCCGGCGAAAGAUGGCGACCUCCACCUCAAGUGGACAGAGGGCAUCGUGAAUGAGUUUUAUGAGCAGGGUGACGAGGAGGCCAGCCUGGGCCUUCCCAUCAGCCCCUUUAUGGACCGCUCCUCCCCCCAGCUGGCCAAGCUCCAGGAAUCCUUCAUCACGCACAUCGUGGGUCCACUCUGCAACUCCUACGACGCGGCUGGACUGCUUCCUGGUUACUGGAUUGACCAGGAGUGCUCGGAGGAUGAGGAGGAGGAAGAGGGCGCGGACACGGAGACAGAGGACGAUGAGCUGGAGGAGGAACUUGAACCAAAAAGAAGAAAGGGCCGACGCCGGCUCUUCUGUAACAUCAUGCAGCACCUGGCGGAGAACCACAAGGUGUGGAAGAAGACCAUCGAGGAGGAGGAGAAGAGCAAGCAGGCGCAGACGCAGCAGACUGACAGCCGGCCACCCACACCUCCCACCUCUGAUGACAUCCAGGUCAUCCAGGAGGAGGCUGAGGAGGACGAACGGCAAUAGCCGGGGUUUUUUUUUUUGGGGGGGGGGGGGGGCGGGUGUAACGCUAAACCUCCCCCCCCCCCCCCCAACCGGCUGGGAAGCCCUCCGCACACCGAACCGUCACUGUGCCGUGUCAAGGGGGGAAAACAAAAGGCCUUAUUACUGUGAGCAGACUCUCACUGCGACAGUGGGAGCCCCAGUCCUAUGCACUUUCACCCCGUGGGUUUAAAGAAAAAAAAGAAAAAAAACAAACACACGCACUUCAGCCGAGGGGGAAGCUGCGAGCGGGACGCAGUGAGGACGCAGUGAGGACGCAGUGAGGACGCAGGGACCUCCGCUCCUUGGUGUAAAGUUUUAUCUAGCUGUGAUGCUGCCUUGUUGAACGUCGAGCGCUUAAAUCUCCAUUAGGUACUAAUAAGACAGUAAGAAUUAUUAUAAAGAACAUCCACCCUCCUCCCCCCACCCAACCCUCUGAAGCAACUGACACCAUUUACCAAAGUAAACCGUGAAAAAGAGGAAGAGGGUGAAUCUGAGGGUUAUUCGGCCAAGCAGACGGGGACAAAGAAAACAAAAAUAAAAACGUGAAAAAAUUGACAUACAUGUAGGAAUACAUUUCAAAUGUGCCUGUCUGAACUGGACGUGCAGGUCAGACCCUGUAUACCAUGAAGAGCAUAUGGACCAUCUCCGCACUCUCUGCAGUCUCCCAAUGCUGGUGACACUCACUGUAUCAGACUCCACCGGAGCUGACAUUUUAACUGAAUGCAGGCUUUCCUUUCCUGUUUAACACCCCUUCAUUCUUGUGUGUGGCCUGUGAGAUUCAUUUUACUUGACUUUUUUUUUUUUUUUUGCUUUCAUUUCAGGAAUUCACACAGGCCAGCCAGCUAACCCCAUAAUCCCACUGUUUACCAUAUGGGGUGGAGAAAUGGAACAUGUUCCAGCUAAGGGAUUUUUUUUUUUUUUUUAAUUUUGAUAAGUGUAUUUUUUCACAGUUACUCAGGAUUCACCAAUAGAUCAGUAGCUUUUUUUCUCCCAGGAUUUCAGCACAUGAAGUCAUAAUUUCUCAUGCUGUAUAUUAUAUAAUAUAUAUGUAUAUAUAUUAUAUAAAAACAGUAAUUGUAACCCUUUUUAUUCCUUGUACGAACAACUUGUUACAAACUCAUUUUAGCCAUUUGAAGACUUCAGUCCAGUGUGUGGGACCCAGGACAAUCAGGCCCAGCCUGUCCUAACCAGGAAAAGCUUCCCCGAAGCUUGUGUGUACGCGCGGACCGCGUCGGAUGCAGACAAGAAUCGUACAUCGAAUAAACAAGGUUAUUUUUGUAUCUGAAUGGGAUUAGCCGUUUGUUGGUCAUUCUGCUGUCGGCAUUAUUUUAACGUUUCGUUCUUGUAAACUCACAGACAGUUUUGUUUGUAUUUUUUUUAUUUUAGGUUUUAUUUAAGUAAUUCUGCUUAAAGCUGUUUUAAUGCAAUAUAUCAUUUGCCAAACGUACAGCUGGCUGGUGCGCGGAUUAGCUGGUCGAGCAGCAGCGUCCCCCCCCCCGUUCAGGCUCUUCGCAUCUAGCGGUCGGUCGCGGAACGACGUCCGAAUGUCGCGUGCCGAAGCGCGGACUCGAGUCAUCCCGCCGGCGACGCAGCGCCUCCCGGUGGCCGAGGCUGCUCGCGCGCGCCCAGCUUGUUCGACACCUUUCGGAAUCCCUCGGUAUGGGAAAGAAAGUUCUCAAGUAGGCAUUGUAAAUCAGUCGAGUAUAUUUAAAACAAAAAAGGAAAGAAGAAAAAUGCACCUUUUACUACCAAACAAGUGUUUAACCUCUGCACAGAAAGAGUAUCUGCAUAUAUAUUUUUUUUAGAUAAUCAAUCGUAUCAGAGUGCAUCUGUUUUAUAUUUGCAGCUGACAUAUUGUACAUAGGGAAUCUGUAAUUACCAUCCUGUUUCCAGAGUUUUUAUCUAAUACUAUUUUAUGGAUGUGAAAUCGGCUUUCACCAGUCUGGGGCAUCCGACAUUUUUCUUUGCACGGUGCACCACCUCCCGUGUCCCUAACCAUAACCACUCUCGUCCCAGCUGCCUAUUUUUUUUAUACCCCGUGACUCGACGACGUCGGUGCCAAACUCUCUCCGUCCCGCCACUGAUCCGUGAUGCAACUGAACCCGAAUUCCCACAAUGCAUUGCGAUUAACGUGAGCCGUCCUAAGCGAGGAAUUCUAUCGAGAAGUCUGACAGAUACGCGCUGGUCACGGGUGCAUCACCUGAAUGUUGGGUCAAAGUAACAUAGAAAUAACAUCAACAAUAAUAGUAAUACUAAUUUAUUUCCAGUUGCUUUGUUUCCCCAGAUGGAGCACAGCUCAGUUGUAAUGCCUCAGCUUGCUCCUACCCCUUCUUCAGUUCCAGCUCCGUAUGUCAUGAAAGCUAAGUGUUUAUUGACUUCUUACUGUCUCAUGAGCCAUAGUCCUCUGAUGUUCUUUCCAUGCAUACAUUUAUGAAUGGCUGUCACAUCUAUGUAGCACCUAGAUAUGUAUGUCUGAUGUAACCAUUCAGUCUUCUGGAAUAUGUGGGGGGGGGGGGGGGUCAUUUUUAUUGUUAUUUAUAGCUGUCAUAAAACACAUCCCUAAAUACCCCCUGA